AUGACUAAAUGUGCAGCUUGUGGCAGAUACUUGUCACAAUCAGAUAGUGUAGCAUGCACGAAAUGUUCCCUACGUUAUCACCAGUUAUGCGCAGGGAAAUUCAAAAAUGGUAAAGUUCCUAAAUUAUGGUCAUGUCCAGAAUGCCAAAAAAACGUACCUCGAGAUUAUAAUAUGGAUACUCCUGUAAGGCCGGCUCUUCCUUGUCGGCUGUCUGAGGAUGAGAAUAAUAUGUCUAUCGGCGAGCAGGAACCACACAACAGCACAGCUACAGAUAGCACAGAAGAGUUUAAAAUAGCACUGGAGAUACGAUUAUUUCGCGAGGAAUUGCAUACUUUACACAGCGAGAUAAAAAAUAUACGUCAGGAUAUGUGUGAAUUACUAUCAAAAAACGAUGCUCGUAUUGAGUGGCUGGAAUCACGUAUGGAAGCGGUUGAGAAGCCUAUGGAGUGCAAGGAUAGAAAGGGGGAACGGUUGGAGUCACUGAUAGCCGAAUUACGCUUGGAAAUUAAUGAUAAGGAGCAGGAGUUGUUAGCGAAUGACAUUGAAAUCACUAAUUUGCCCGAAAAUAAUAAUGAAAAUCCUCAUAACAUUGUUAAACUGAUAGCGGUCAAGUUAGGUGUGCAAAUCGACGACCGUGAUGUGGUCUCCGCGGAACGUGUGGGAUCACUAAGAUAUGUGCGCUCAACAAAUAGAACGGGUGAAGGGACGUUGAAAGGAGGAGGUGAUACGCACGACGACGUAGGGAGGCCACGCCCCCUGGUUAUACGUCUGGCGCGUCGCACUCUGCGAGACGAGCUGCUUCAUAGUAUGCGCGUGCGUCGCGGGGUUAAUACAGCCGACUUCGGACUUCAUAGCGAGCCUCGGGCGUUUUAUAUAAACGAAAGACUCACCAAAUACAACAGGCACCUUUUACGCAAGGUUCGAGAUGAACGUAAGCGCUUGUCAUGGAAGUAUGUCUGGACAAAACGGGGUCGUAUUUAUGUAAGACAGGAUGAAGGGAAGCAGUCGUUCCUUAUUCGUACUGACAAGGAAAUGACCAAGGUUUUUGGUAGUGGUUAA